AUGCCUUCCUUCAACCAGAGCAAUUUUUACCCUUCAGUGUUUUUCCUUACUGGAAUCCCUGGUCUUGAGAUUUCACAUGCCUGGAUAUCCAUCCCAUUCUGUUGUCUAUAUGCCAUUGCUUUGUCUGGAAAUGGCAUGAUCUUAUUUGUCAUUAUCACUGAAUCAAGCUUACAUGAACCCAUGUACUAUUUCCUCUCCAUGCUAUCUUUCACUGAUCUAGGUUUGUGCCUGUCCACAUUGGUCACUAUGCUGGGUAUCUUCUGGUUCAAUGCUAGAGAAAUUAGCUUUGAUGCCUGCAUUGGCCAGAUGUUCUUUAUCCAUGGGUUCACAUUCAUGGAAUCGUCAGUGCUCCUGGCAAUGGCCUUUGACCGCUUUGUGGCCAUCUGUAAUCCAUUGAGAUAUGCCACAAUCUUAACCAACUCACGGAUUAUCAAAGCAGGAUUUGCAAUUGUCAUUAGAGGAACAACAGCUCUGGUGCCAUUACUUCUGCUCCUUAAGCGUUUGUCUUUCUGCAGAAGUCAUGUGCUCCACCACUCCUAUUGUUUCCACCCAGAUGUGAUGAAGCUUUCUUGCACAGACACCAAGAUCAACAGUGCAUUUGGCCUGGCCAUUGUCAUCUCUACUGCUGGCAUAGACUCCGUCUUAAUUCUCCUCUCCUACAUCCUGAUCAUCCGCUCUGUACUCAGCAUUGCCUCCCCAGAGGAGCAGAAAAAAGCCUUCGGUACCUGUAUCUCACAUAUAAGUGCAGUUGCCAUCUUUUAUAUCCCUAUGAUAAGUCUGUCCUUGGUGCACAGGUUUGGGAAACAUGCUCCACCUUAUGUGCAUACGCUCAUUGCCAAUGUCUAUCUGCUCAUUCCACCUGUAAUGAACCCCAUCAUCUACAGUGUGAAGACCAAGCAAAUUCGCAAGGCUGUACUCAAAAUAUUCCUCUCAAAGAGGAUUUAG